AGUUCUCCUGUACGCGGACCUUGAAUUUCUCAGAAUUGUGAUAUAUGUAAAUUAUAGAUUUAAAGAAUUAUUAUUUUGAAAACGAAAUUUUUUUUACGGUUUUUGCAAAGCAAGAAAGCAAAAAGGCUUGUUAUACAUAUUUUUAAUGGUUUUAAUAAACUUUUUUUGUUCGUUGAUUGCAUUUGUACAACUUUUUAUUAAAUUGCGUGGUCUAAAAGGGUUGUAAAUAUAAGUUUAUUUGACCCUAAAAAGACGAAGAGAGCCAAAAAUCAGUGGACUUGCAAUUGUAAACACUAACACUCCGGGCGUUUACGGUGACAAGGAUUUUGUCACCAUGGAUUCACAACGAUAACCUUCAAACCUUCAGUAAAAGAAAUAAUCUCAGUAAUUUUUUGCUCGUUGGUUCCGAUAUAAAUCCGCAAGAAGAAAUUUCCAUUAAUAAUGAUAUUAGGUUUGAAAGGUACCACUGAGCUUUAAAAGGUUACUGAAAUAACGGUUGACCGCCACAAUUUUUGUUUUAUUUUAACUCUAUUGAAACAGGUUAACCGACAUACAAUACUUAAAAAACCUUUCAGAUAUAAUGAGUGGAUAUCCAAGCCUUCAAAAUAUGCCCCCGGCCACAUCAGGACCCACCUUAUGCGAGGUUGACGGAAAUUUCAGUGAGUAUUUGCACCCUAUCCUGGAGAAACUGGUAGAAUCCUAUCCCCUACUCCAGGUGGAUACGGAGUCAAUCCGUCCCUCAUACAGCAAAGAAACCAUUAAAUCUGCUUUCCUACCGAAGCAGGAGACCGGAGGAGUAGCUCUAGUAUCUCUAUGGAGAGAAGAGGGUAUAUGUGGACUCCUGGACUCUCUGACAAAGAGCUCUAACUCCCAGAUCUCCUGGUUUGCUGGAGUACUACUGGCCGUCUGGAGAUUACCGUCCAGUCUUCAAACCUUUCUAUAUCCUCACCUUAGACUCUCAGCUGAUGAGAUGUUGUCAACCUUCUGUUUAACCCGGGAUUGGUUUGAGUCUCCUGUCAGAUGUAUAGCUUGGCAUCCACAUACUAGGAAACUAGCAGUUGUAUCUCGUGAUGAUUGUGUGAGGAUAGGAGGAAACGGAGCCAACACUAAACCUAUUCUUCGACACACAGGACAGCGUGGGAUAUCUUGUUUAUCCUGGAAACCUUGUGGUUCAGCUGAACUAGCAGUUGGUUGUAGAGUUGGUAUCAUGCUUUGGACACUAGAUCCUGCCAGUGUAGUUUCCCGUCCUAGUACCAGUUGUGUCCGUCCUCUAACUAGACCAGGACAUGCUCCGGUCACAUCUCUGUCUUGGCAUCCUAGCGGUAAAUUACUAGCGUCUGGAUCUCCGGCUGAUCCAGCCAUGCUUAUAUGGAGUGUAGCGAGUGAGCAGUGUGCUGCUGUGAGACGGGUGAGUGGAGGUGGUGUAAGCCUGCUCAGCUGGUCACACAACGGACUUAAACUGUUUGCCGCAACUCCGGGGAAAACAUUCCGAGUGUGGAACACUAAAUCUUGGGAACCUGAUCGUUGGACUGUUCCCGGAGCAGAGGCACGAGUGAGUUGUGUCGCCUGGUCUCCGGACUGCAACCAUCUUGUGUUUGCUACGGACGAUGAACCUAUUCUCUACUCUGUAUCCUUUAUCUCGGAGUUAGACUCCGCAGUUCCAGUUCUAGAUCUCUCCGAGGUUCUUGUAGACUCCGAGGAUGAAGUAAUAGGAGGAGGUUUAGUUCAGAAUAUAGUUUGGGAACCUGCCGGAAACCGUCUUGCUCUUAUAUUCCGCUCAACAUCCCUAGUAGCUAUUUUCUCUUCCCGGAGUGGAAGAACGCUAUCUUUAACUCCUUGUAGUUGGAUCCGAGGGGAGGGAACAGAGUUCCCGACUUGUGUAGAGUUUGAGUCUGAUUUCAAGGAUGGAGGAGGAGUAAUUUCUAUUGGUUGGUCAUCAGGACGCAUACAGCAUUGUCCUCUUCUAUACUCUCCUGAAGGUGUUCAAGCAACCAAGGUGGAAAUAUUAAAAGCUCCGGAACUAUUCACAGUUUAGAUUGUUCUAGCCACAGUGAACAGACAUUAGAUAUGUUUAAGUUUACCACUGCCCAGGGUUACACAGAAAAUUGGAAUAUUCAGUAAAAAAUUAAUGAAAUUGUUCCAAAAACAAGAAUAUUUAUUUACAUUUAUUGUGAUCUCAUGAUAUAUUUUAUUUUGUUAACUAAUGGUUAAUAAAUUAGACGAGAUAAUUA